GCAUUCACGUUGCCAUAUUCUAACCAAAAAAAAAAAAAAAUCACGUUACCAUAUCCAAUCCUCUAAACACUUGUAUAUUCAGAUGGCUAGCAGCAGCAAAUCAUCUUCAGCUCUUGUGACUUCUUCAAAGAAAAAUCAUUAUGAUGUGUUUGUCACCUUUAGAGGUGAAGAUACUCGCAACAAUUUCACUGAUUUUCUUUUUGAUGCCCUUGAAACAAAAGGCAUUAUGGUAUUUCGGGAUGUCAUUAAUCUUCAAAAAGGUGAAUGCAUAGGACCUGAGCUUUUUCGUGCAAUCGAAAUAUCUCAGGUUUACGUUGCGAUCUUCUCAAAGAACUAUGCUUCCUCAACGUGGUGCUUGCAAGAAUUAGAAAAGAUAUGUGAAUGCAUUAAGGGGUCGGGAAAACAUGUUCUUCCUGUUUUCUAUGAUGUUGAUCCUUCUGAGGUGCGGAAGCAAAGUGGAAUUUAUAGUGAAGCUUUUGUCAAACAUGAACAAAGAUUCCAACAAGACUCUAUGAAGGUGUCAAGAUGGAGAGAAGCUCUAGAGCAAGUGGGGAGUAUAUCUGGUUGGGAUCUACGUGAUGAGCCACUAGCUAGAGAAAUUAAAGAGAUUGUUCAAAAGAUAAUCAAUAUAUUGGAAUGCAAAUAUUCAUGUGUUUCAAAAGAUUUAGUUGGGAUUGAUUCUCCUAUACAAGCAUUACAAAAUCAUUUGCUUUUGAACUCAGUUGAUGGUGUUCGUGCUAUAGGAAUUUGUGGAAUGGGAGGAAUAGGGAAAACAACCCUUGCUACGACUUUAUAUGGCCAAAUAUCUCAUCAAUUUAGUGCAUCUUGUUUUAUUGACGAUGUAACCAAAAUUUAUGGAUUACAUGAUGAUCCACUCGAUGUACAAAAACAAAUCCUAUUUCAAACUCUCGGCAUAGAACACCAACAAAUAUGCAAUCGUUACCAUGCAACUACUUUGAUACAAAGGAAGCUAUGUCAUGAAAGAACCCUUAUGAUUCUUGAUAAUGUGGACCAAGUUGAACAAUUGGAGAAAAUAGCGGUGCAUCGUGAAUGGUUAGGUCCAGGUAGUAGAAUUAUUAUCAUUUCUAGAGAUGAGCAUGUAUUGAAAGCGUAUGGAGUGGAUGUAGUUUACAAAGUUUCACUAUUGGAUUGGAAUGAAGCUCACAUGUUAUUUUGUCGAAAAGCUUUCAAAGAUGAGAAAAUUAUUAUGAGUAAUUAUCAAAAUUUGGUAGAUCAGAUACUACAUUAUGCUAAAGGUCUACCACUAGCAAUUAAAGUAUUGGGCUCGUUUUUGUUUGGUCGUAAUGUGACUGAAUGGAAGAGUGCAUUGACUAGAUUGAGACAAAGUCCAGUUAAAGAUGUCAUGGAUGUGCUGCAAUUAAGUUUUGAUGGGCUCAAUGAAACGGAAAAAGACAUAUUUCUUCAUAUUGCUUGUUUUUUCAACAACGAUUCGGAGGAAGAUGUUAAAAACAUUCUAAACUGUUGUGGAUUUCAUGCUGAUAUUGGAUUAAGAGUUCUCAUUGAUAAAUCACUUGUAAGCAUUAGUUAUUCAAUUAUUAACAUGCAUUCUUUGUUGGAAGAGCUAGGCAGAAAAAUUGUGCAAAAUAGUUCAAGCAAAGAACCAAGAAAAUGGAGCAGGUUGUGGUCCACAGAACAACUCUACGAUGUUAUGUUGGAGAAUAUGGAAAAGCAUGUUGAAGCCAUAGUUUUGUAUUACAAAGAAGAUGAAGAGGCGGACUUUGAACACUUGUCAAAAAUGAGUAAUCUCAGAUUGCUCUUCAUCGCCAACUAUAUUUCAACGAUGUUAGGAUUCCCAAGCUGUCUUUCGAACAAAUUAAGAUUUGUUCACUGGUUUAGAUAUCCUUCCAAGUAUUUGCCAUCAAAUUUUCACCCCAAUGAACUUGUAGAAUUGAUCUUGACGGAGAGCAACAUUAAACAACUAUGGAAAAACAAGAAGUAUCUUCCCAAUUUGAGAACAUUGGAUCUACGUCACUCCAGAAAUCUAGAAAAGAUAAUAGAUUUUGGAGAGUUCCCGAAUCUUGAGCGUUUAGAUUUGGAAGGAUGUAUAAACCUUGUUGAGUUGGAUCCAUCUAUUGGACUUCUAAGAAAGCUUGUUUACUUGAACCUAAAAGAUUGCAAAAGUCUAGUUAGCAUACCCAACAACAUAUUCGGUCUUAGCUCUCUUCAAUACCUAAAUAUGUGUGGCUGUUCCAAAGUAUUUAACAACCCAAGGCGUUUGAUGAAGUCUGGUAUAUCCUCAGAAAAGAAGCAGCAGCAUGAUAUACGUGAAAGUGCAUCACAUCACCUCCCUGGCCUAAAAUGGAUCAUUUUGGCUCACGAUUCAUCACAUAUGUUGCCUUCCUUGCAUAGUUUAUGUUGUUUGCGUAAGGUUGACAUAAGCUUUUGCUAUCUAAGCCAUGUGCCUGAUGCAAUUGAAUGUUUACAUUGGCUAGAAAGAUUAAAUUUAGCGGGAAACGAUUUUGUGACAUUACCUAGCCUGAGGAAGCUAUCCAAACUUGUAUAUUUAAAUUUGGAGCAUUGCAAAUUGUUGGAAUCUUUGCCUCAACUUCCUUUUCCUACCAAUACUGGGGAGGUUCAUCGUGAGUACGACGACUAUUUUUGUGGUGCAGGAUUGCUCAUUUUCAACUGUCCAAAAUUGGGUGAGAGGGAACAUUGCAGGAGCAUGACACUUUUAUGGAUGAAACAAUUCAUUAAGGCAAACCCACGUUCCUCUUCUGAGAUUCAAAUAGUUAAUCCAGGAAGUGAAAUACCAAGUUGGAUCAACAAUCAGAGGAUGGGUUAUUCAAUAGCAAUAGACCGAUCUCCUAUUAGGCAUGACAAUGACAAUAAUAUCAUUGGUAUUGUAUGUUGUGCAGCAUUUACGAUGGCACCCUAUCGUGAAAUUUUUUAUUCCUCGGAGUUGAUGAAUCUGGCUUUCAAGCGUAUUGAUUCCAAUGAGAGGUUGUUGAAAAUGAGAGUUCCAGUAAAGCUCAGUCUUGUUACGACCAAAUCAAGUCACCUAUGGAUUAUCUACUUACCCCGAGAGUACCCCGGGUAUUCCUGUCAUGAAUUUGGAAAAAUAGAAUUAAAAUUUUUUGAGGUGGAAGGUUUGGAGGUCGAGAGUUGCGGUUAUCGUUGGGUAUGUAAACAAGAUAUACAAGAAUUCAAUUUAAUCAUGAAUCACAAAAAUUCCUUAACUCCAAAGUGCAAAAUUUUGACAAUUGAAGAUGAGACACAACCAGAACCGCAACCAUAACUACUUCACAGAUAAGAAUGUCACCAACAUAUUUUCAUGGGUGUAUGUUCUGUUUCAUACCAUGAAGUUUUUUUUUUUUUUUUUUUAUGUGGUAAUUCAUAGAGUUAAUUGUGUUUAUUUAACUUUACUAAGUUGAAAAUUGAAGUUUCUUAAUUGGAAAUCGAAGCUUCCCAUGAAUUUUUAUUAAGCUUCGUUGAAAUUUCA